UCCACUCUUUGAUGUGAGCAGCAGAGGUUUAAGCGCGCGCUUCCUCCACGAGCGUCUCUCACUUCAUCCGGACGCUGCGCGCAGACGGUUCCUGCUCCACCCCCCUUCUCUCCUGCAGCUCCUGGACACCCCCCGCCUGCCUCUCCAGACGCGCCAGUCCACCCCUCUCGUGCCUGGUCCACGAGGAUGCCCGGCUGAGCUGCGCGCAACAGCAGCAGCAGCAUCCAUCCGCACGCGGGCGGAUUCCAGGAGCGCAGCUCCGCGUCAUGGAUUUUACGGAUUCCUGAAGAAAGUUGGAUUUUGUGAAGGGAAAUGGAUGGAAUACGCGUGAUUUUUUAGGAAAAGGAGCUUUGGAAUCAAGAUAGGAGAUGCUCAGAGCGUGGAUCCUCUUCCUUCUCAUAGAAGAGGCCUUCGCUCUGGCACAGAGGAGUAAAGAAGCUCAGAGCAACCAUGGCGCCCAGUCCCCCAACCAAAACGACUGCGGCACCUGGGUGCGCAACAUCAACGGCGGCGUGUUCAUGUCGCCCAACUACCCCAACACCUACCCCCCCAACAAGGAGUGCAUCUACAUCCUGGAAGCUCUCCCUCGACAGAGGAUCCAGCUCUCCUUUGAUAAGAAUUACUACAUCGAGCCGUCCUUCGAGUGCCGCUUUGAUCACAUCGAGGUCCGCGACGGCCCGUUUGGCUUCUCGCCGCUCAUCGAUCGCUUCUGCGGGGGCAAGAACCCGGGUCUGGUCACGUCCACGGGCCGCUUCAUGUGGAUCAAGUUCACCAGCGACGAGGAGCUGGAGGGCCUCGGCUUCCGCGUCACGUACACCUUCAUCGCAGACCCGGACUUCCACCUGCAUGUGGGCGGACUGCUGAACCCCAUCCCAGACUGUCAGUUUGAAGUUGGUGGAUGGGAUGGGAUUAUCCGCUCCAGUCAGGUGGAAGAGGAAGAGCGGGUGAAGCCGGGCGAUGCUCUGGACUGUAUCUGGACCAUCAGAGCCCCCCCUCAGUCCAAGAUCUACCUGCGCUUCAUCGACUACCAGAUGGAGCACUCCAACGAGUGCAAGAAGAACUUCGUCGCCGUGUACGACGGCAGCAGCGCCAUUGAGAACCUGAAGGCCAAGUUCUGCAGCACGGUGGCCAACGACCUGAUGCUGGACAACGGCGUGGGGGUCGUGAGGAUGUGGGCGGACGAGAAGAGCCGCCUCAGCCGCUUCCGCAUGCUCUUCACCUCCUACAUAGACCCUCCCUGCACAGCCAACACGUUCUUCUGCCACAGCAACAUGUGCAUCAACAACACGCUGGUGUGCAACGGCGUGCAGAACUGCGUCUAUCCAUGGGAUGAAAACCACUGCAAAGAGAAACGCUCCAAGGGGAUUUUCCAUCAGAUCACCAAGACCCACGGCACCGUUAUCGGCGUCUCCUCGGGCAUCGUCCUCGUGCUCCUCAUCAUCUCCAUCCUGGUGCAGAUGAAGCAGCCAAGAAAAAAGGUUGUAGCUCGCCGUCCUGGCGUCUUCAACAAGGCCGGGUUCCAGGAGGUCUUCGACCCGCCUCACUAUGAGCUCUUCUCGCUCCGCGACAAGGAGAUGUCCUCUGACUUGGCUGACCUCUCCGAGGAGCUGGACAGCUUCCACAAGAUGCGGCGCUCCUCCACCAUGUCCCGCUGCGUCCACGAGCAUCACUGCGGCUCCCAGGGCUCUGUCACCACCACCACCGGCGGUGGCGGCGGUGGCGGCGGCGGCAGCGGGAGCAUGAAGCACAGCCGCACCACCCUGAGCUCCAUGGAGCUGUCCUACCACAACGACUUCUCCAAGCCCCCGCCCAUGAAGACUUUCAACUCCACCUCCAGCUACAAGAAGAGCUGCUACGGCUACAAGCAGCACGCGCAGGCGCACGACUGCGACCAGCAGGUGAUCGAGGACCGCGUGACCGAGGAGAUUCCCUGUGAGAUUUAUGGGCGUGGAGCCACGGGAAUCUCAGGAGGCGCCACAGGGGGAGGAGCGAUGGGAGGACCUUCAGGGAUUGCAGGAGGGGGAAUCGGAGGAGCUGUGGGAAUAACUGGAGGCGUGGCUAUGGGGGGCGGGAUGGGAAUGGCGGGGCCCAGCGGUAUCGCUGGAGGCAUAGGUGGAGGAAUGGGCGGAGCCUGCGGAACCCUCAGCAUCCGCGGCACCAGCUCCCGCAACAGCACCACCCUAGUCGACCCACAGCAGCGCUCCAUAUCCAUGGACUUCUAAACGGAGCCGUCAGUCAAAAGAGCAGACAGGAUUUCUCCCGUUUCUUGGUUCGGCGCUCUCAUCCUCAUGUCGAGAACGCGGUUGAAUCAAUAAAUCUGGAGCUACAGACGGACGAAAAAGAGGUGGAGAAAUCUCUUGUUGGACUCGUGUAAUCUGUCUUUCCAUCUGAGACUCUCACUUCCUGAAGUAUCAAAGAAAACAGCCAGAAACAUCGAGAGACCAAAUUUUUACAUCUACCCACGAGCCAUGCUCAGAUAUAUAAUAUAUGAUCUAUCGUGUGUCUUCUAAUAAUUUAUUUCUUUAUUUUUGUCCGUGUACUGUACUGUUAAAAGCCAGUAUAUUCUCCAGCCUUAUGUGGACUCUCAGCUUUUUCAAAUGUGGGUCGGAUCGUUUUACCACGACUUCUCCACGAGGAGUUUGUUUUUAUCGGAGCUGAUUAAGGACUGUGAUGUUAUGUUCAUAUAAUAAGGAUGUAGUUGUCAUGGUUACCUCACAAACAGAGGAUUUCUUCCACGCCGUCUCUCCUCAGGAUGAGCACAUGAAGAGACAAACUUAUUUUGUUAAGAAAAAAAAACAAUAAUUUGUUCUUGUUGGGUUUUGCUGAAUCAGCGGAUUAUUGCUGUGUGGGAGCAUGUGGGAAAAAAUCAACAAUCACUUUUAAAAACCUGUCUCAAACAGGAGAAAACAUUUGUUUUUUUUAUUCUCCCUUAACCAGAGUGUGUCAAACAAGCACAACCUGUUUCCCCGAGUGACAGACUUGUAUUCAGUAUUGGACUCAUUUUAUGAUUUUAACCACUGGUUGUAUGAUUUAUUUCUGUUGAAUUAAAGGUGAUCUUACUCACA